AUGACUCCCAAGACUCAGAAAAGCGUCUGGAUCGGAAAGACGGACAGGAUCAUCAAAGAUCUACCUGUGCCUUCGCCGGAGAAGGGAGAAGUGCUCAUCAAGAGUGAGUCAGCACUGACUAAGCAGUACUUGGGAAGCUCGCGACAUAUGGCGUCACCUCGGAGCCGUGGCCGAGCACAGACAGGGGCUUCGGCGAUCGAGAGAGGAGAGACCUGCAUAGACAGCUAAUCUGACCAUCUCAUCUGGCAGACGUCGCUGUGGCCUCUAACCCGAAGGACUGGAAGCUGCCGUACUACAUCCCCGACUAUGCCGCCGUCGAAGGCAAUGACGUAGCCGGUUACGUCGAACAGGUCGGAGAGGGCGUCACAAAGUUCAAAGUUGGUGAUAAGGUAAGGUGUAUUCACUGAAAGGGAUCCGCGAUACCUGUAUUCCCCUUUGGUCGGGUCGAGCAUGUGGUGCCCCAAAAUCGUCCCUCGCCCCAAAUCUAGCUCGACGAUCCGAACUAGACAGCUGACCCCUCCUUACACGACAAUAUCGUUCACCCAUCGCCACAGGUUGCAGCCUUCACCAAGAUGCGAGGUGGAGACCGCACGGGAGCGUACCAGCAAUACUCGAUCGCGCCUUCUCACACGACUUUUCAUCUCGGACUGGAAACCUCGUUCGAGGACGGUUCGACUCUGACCCUCGCCUACAUGACCGCCGUCGUCGGAGUGUAUCAACGCUUGGGUCUGCCUCAACCCGGUCAAAAAAAGGAGGGAAGUAAGAAGGAGGGUUUACUCAUUUGGGGUGGGGCGACCACGGUCGGUUACUUUGCCAUCCAGCUGGCCAAGGUUCGUUGCAUUGAUUCGUGGGUCUCGUGCUGGAGGACUGAUGGAGGCAGAGAUGUUGAUACUUCUACUUCUAUCUGUCAGAUGUCUGGACUCUACGUCGUCGCAGUUGCCGGCUCGUCAGCGCCGCUCCUCUCUUCAUUGGGCGUGGACGAGAUCCUCGAUUACCGCAACAAGUCUCACGAAGACCUCGUCUCCGAAAUCCGCAAAGCGUAUGACGGACAACUCCACUACGCUUUCGACGUCGUGUCCGAGAACGGCACGCUCGAAGCGAUCGCCGAGGCGUUCCAAGGUCGAUCCGGCGCCAAAGCCACCUACACUCUGACGUACGACAACAAGGUCCUUGACGAGAUCAAGGAGAAGGGCGUCGAAACGGUCCGAACGCUCGUCGGUACGGCUCAUGGCGGUGAUUCCGAAGCGUUAGCGGAAGAGUACUUUGACAAAGUCGGCAGGUGGGUCGAGGAGGGGUCGUUCAAGCCGAUGAAGGUCACGAUCGUACCUGGCGGGUUAGGCGGGGUUAAGGAAGGACUGAGGAGGUUGCAGGAAGGCGAGGUCAGGGGUGAGAAGUUGGUCUAUAGGAUCAACGAGACUGAGGGCUUGUAG